UGGCCAGCGGCAUGCCAGACUCUUGCACGGAACUUUCACUUCACAGUCUAUGGAAAGAAAAAUGCUUCCACUAAGGUUUCUGAUUCGAUUUCCACACAAUAUCCAGUAGUGGACCAUGAAUUUGAUGCAGUUGUUUUGGGUGCAGGAGGAGCAGGUCUGCGGGCUGCAUUUGGUUUGUCAGAGGCUGGAUUUAAUACAGCAUGUGUUACAAAACUCUUUCCUACGAGAUCUCAUACUGUUGCUGCACAGGGAGGGAUCAAUGCUGCCCUGGGGAAUAUGGAGGAUGAUAACUGGAGGUGGCAUUUCUAUGACACAGUGAAAGGAUCUGAUUGGCUGGGAGACCAGGAUGCCAUACACUACAUGACAGAACAAGCCCCAGCAGCGGUGAUAGAGCUGGAAAAUUACGGGAUGCCAUUCAGUAGAACAGAAGAAGGAAAAAUCUAUCAGCGUGCGUUUGGUGGACAGAGUCUCCAGUUUGGAAAAGGAGGACAGGCUCACAGAUGCUGUUGUGUUGCAGACAGAACAGGACACUCACUGUUACAUACGUUGUAUGGCAGGUCUCUGCGGUACGAUACCAGCUACUUUGCUGAGUAUUUUGCCUUGGACCUACUUAUGGAAAAUGGGGAAUGUCGUGGUAUUAUUGCCCUUUGCAUAGAAGAUGGCUCUAUACAUCGUUUUAGAGCCAAGAACACUGUCAUUGCCACUGGUGGGUAUGGCCGCACCUAUUUCAGUUGUACAUCUGCUCAUACUAGUACGGGUGAUGGCACUGCAAUGAUCACACGAGCUGGUCUCCCUUGCCAGGACUUAGAGUUUGUACAGUUUCAUCCUACAGGUAUUUAUGGAGCUGGUUGCCUCAUAACAGAAGGAUGUCGAGGAGAGGGAGGUAUUCUAAUUAACAGUCAAGGUGAAAGAUUUAUGGAGAGAUACGCACCUGUCGCUAAGGAUUUGGCUUCCAGGGAUGUAGUGUGCCGUUCUAUGACAAUAGAAAUCCGGGAAGGAAGGGGUUGUGGCCCUGAGAAAGACCAUGUGUAUUUGCAAUUGCACCAUCUACCACCUCAGCAGCUAGCAACCCGUCUUCCAGGAAUUUCAGAAACAGCUAUGAUAUUUGCUGGAGUCGAUGUCACUAAAGAGCCCAUUCCUGUUCUUCCUACUGUGCAUUACAAUAUGGGAGGUAUUCCUACUAACUACAAAGGACAAGUGAUUACACACGUGAAUGGUGAGGAUAAAGUGGUACCUGGCUUGUACGCUUGUGGGGAAGCAGCCUGUGCAUCUGUCCAUGGUGCGAAUCGACUUGGAGCAAACUCGCUUUUAGAUUUGGUGGUCUUUGGUCGUGCUUGUGCCCUUACUAUUGCAGAAACAUGCAAGCCUGGAGAGCCAAUUCCCUCCAUUAAACCAAAUGCUGGUGAAGAGUCAGUCGCUAAUCUUGACAAGUUAAGAUUCGCCAGUGGAACCAUAAGAACUUCAGAAGUGAGACUUAACAUGCAGAAGACCAUGCAAAGUCAUGCUGCUGUAUUUCGUACUGGCUCUGUACUACAAGAAGGUUGUGAGAAACUUAGUCAAAUUUAUCGUGAUUUGGCUCAUCUAAAGACAUUUGACAGAGGUAUUGUAUGGAACACUGACUUGGUGGAGACCCUAGAACUACAAAACCUGAUGCUUUGCGCUCUACAAACCAUUUAUAGUGCUGAGGCUCGUAAAGAGUCCCGGGGUGCUCAUGCCAGAGAGGACUAUAAGGUACGGAUGGAUGAGUUUGAUUAUUCCAAGCCACUCCAAGGCCAACAGAGGAAGCCAUUUGAAGAACACUGGAGAAAGCACACCCUUUCAUACGUGGACAUCAAGAGUGGGAAGGUUACCUUGAAAUACAGACCUGUAAUUGACAGAACUUUAAACGAAGAAGACUGCUCAAGUGUUCCACCUGCUAUUCGCUCAUACUAGUAACUCGCAAUCGACUUGCAAUCCUCUCCCAAAGAGGGGUUAGUGUACAUAAGCAUAGCUCAAGCAAAUCAAAAUGCUGUUGUCCUUAACAGUUAAGGAAAAAUGCUGCCUAGAGAUUUAAUCAACUUGUAUUCUGCUCUGUGGCUUGCAAAGCUAUGAAAAUGGAAUGCAAAACAUCUUAUGCUCUUUCACCCAUCUGCCAGAACCGAAAGGGAAAACACACAACGUGUCUAAAGUGAUUAGAAGUCUUGUCCCAGUAUUUAUCUUUGAAUGUGCAGUUAUGUAUAUAAUCAUAAUGCAUUUAUUUUUGAAUGUAUAGUUGUUUCCUUGCUUUAAAAACAAAUGUAUUGCAGUAGUUGUACACAUGCUUGCGAUGCUGCAUUUUAUGAUAUGGGGAUUUAAAAUUAAGUUUUACGAAACUGCUACUUGUAACAUAAAAAAAAAAUAAUAGGAAUUAUAACAUCUUGGUUUUUUUCUAAAGUUAAAAUUGUAAAAGUUGUCAUACGAUUUCAUUAUUGAAGGAAACAAGACAAUUUUACUCCAGUUGAAACAGGUUAGAGUUAUUUCCACCAAAAUAUAGCAUAAAUAAAAUCUCAAUGGCUUUCUCUACUAUCUCUGGAACUCUUGAAGAUAUUUUUGUGGUAUAUUCUAUGUGUAUAUUUCCUAGCCUGCCUUUUCUCCCAGGAAUCAAGAAGCAGAGUAGCAGAAGACAACUUGUGUAAAUGUUAAAGCUUACCAAGCCUUGAAUUUUCUGUGCGCUGAUAGAAUGAUGCAAUAUAUAAGGCACAAACACUUUUAUGUGAGUACAAUAGUCCCUAACAGUCUGCCUGUGGGUAACUAAGUUCGUGGUCAGGACUGAAGUGUGGUUUCCUGAAUCUGAACUGAAUGAAGCGUUUCUUGGUUCUUGACAAA